UGCAGCUGUGUUAAUGCUGAGGAGGAAAACAAGGUGAAUAGAUUAUAAACGCUUCUCUGUUCCUUUUUCUGAAGCCGCAUUCUUUCUUUUCCCCUUAGAUGGAAAGGAAGUGAAGUUUGGUGUUCCUUAAAACCAAGGUUAGAUGUAUAAUGAAGAUCUUGAAACAAGUGGAUAUACAUCCUUGCUGAAGAUGUCUCUUCCAAGCCAGCAAUGUUCCAAAAUUGUUAACCCUCCUCCACCAGAAUAUAUAAACAAUAAUAAUGGCGGUUGUCAAACAAAUCAAUUGCAGUACUUACAGAGAGUGGUCAUGAAAGCCAUGUGGAGACACAACUUUUCCUGGCCAUUUCAUCAGCCUGUAGAUGCAGCAGCACUGAAUCUUCCUGAUUACUACAAUAUUAUAAAGAAACCUAUGGAUCUGAGCACAAUUAAAAAGCGUCUGGAACAUAAUUACUAUGCGAAAGCAGCAGAAUGCAUUGAAGACUUCAAAACUAUGUUCUUGAACUGCCACAUAUAUAACAAGCCAGGUGAUGACAUUGUGUUUAUGGCCCAAGAAUUAGAGAAAGUGUUUAUGCAGAAAAUAGCACAAAUGCCACCAGAAGAAAGACUACUGAUUCCCAACAAAGGAAAGAGAAAAGGAAAGUCAUCAGAAGAAACUCAGCAGCCCAACCCUAGAAUUUCAACUAAAGAGAGCACAAUGCAGAAACAAGCUGACAGUGCUGAGCAGCCUCCAGUGAUGACUCAAGAGCUACAGCAGGUUACACUAAACUCCUUUGUCUGCAGCUCAACUGACUUCUUCAAUGCCAGAUGCAGUCCCUAUAACAAAAGUAAGUUGUCUCAAAUAACUUUCAGAAAGACAAAAAAAGGUGUGAAGAGGAAGGCUGAUACCACAACUCCUAUGACUUCAAUAUUCAAAGCAAGCAGUGAAUCUUUGGCAACGUUUAAUGAAAGUAAAGCUAUUAAAGCAUGUAGAGGUGAUGAAUGCAUGAUACCAAAUAAGCUUCUGAAGAGGGACUUGCCAGAUUCUCAACAGUCUCAUAGGUUUCUUAAAAAAAAAUUGUUAUCAGAACAGCUAAAACAUUGUAAUGAAAUCCUUAAAGAAAUGUUUUCAGAGAAACAUUUGGCAUAUGCGUGGCCCUUCUUAAAACCUGUAGAUGUUGCAUCCUUCUCACUUGAUGAGGAACAGGAGAUCACCAAAUGUCCUACAAACCUAGGAACAAUUAAGAAAAAAAUGGAUAACUUUAAAUAUAGAGAUAUACAAGAAUUUGCCACAGAUGUUAGGUUAAUGUUCUUGGAUUACUACAAACAUAAUUCUCCAGACCAUGAAGCAGUUGCUAUGGCAAGAAAACUUCAGGAUGUUUUUGAGAUGCACUUUGCCAAAAUUCCUGAUGAACUUGCUGCAAGUGUUUCUCUCCCACUACACACAAGAGAAAUGAGAAAAGUUUAUUCUAGUGACAGCAGUAGUGAUGACUCCUUGGAAGAGAAAUCAUCUGAAGACUCUGAAAAGGAGAGAAGAGCGCAUCUUGCAAAGCUUCAGAAGCAACUUAAAGCUAUUCACCAGCAGCUACGGGCUUUGACCAGAGCAUCCUUACCUGGACUGAAAAGGAAAAAAGGGAAAGCUAAAAGGGAAAAAAGGAAGAACAAGGCAAAAUCUGAAAUAAAAAGCCGCAUUCAAAAGAAGAAAGACCUAAAACACAAGUGGAAGAAAAAGCAGUCUUUAAACAUACAACCAAAGAAAACCACGCAGCAGAUCUUGUUGGCACAUAAGUCAGAAGAUGAUGGUGCCAAGCCUAUGAAUUAUGAUGAAAAAAGGCAGCUGAGUUUGGACAUAAAUAAACUCCCUGGAGACAGACUGGGGAAAGUAGUCCAUAUAAUACAGUCAAGAGAACCUUCUCUGAGGAACUCUAACCCUGAUGAGAUAGAAAUAGACUUUGAAACUUUAAAAGCUUCAACACUCAGAGAACUAGAGAAAUAUGUGGCAACCUGUUUGAAGAAGAGACCAAGAAAGCAGCAUGCUAAAAAAUCAGAGAAGUCAAAAGAACAAUGUAAUUCUGAGAGGAAACGAGAGCUGGAGAAGAGACUACUGGAUGUCAAUGGUCAGCUGAACCUGAAGAAAGGGAACUGCAAAUUUGAAAGCAAUGCUGAGUCUGGUAUUGGACCAAGCCGACUGAGUGACAGCAGCAACAGUAGCAGCUCCUUGGGCUCUGGCAGCAGUACCAGCAGUGAUACCAGCAGUGAUUCUAGCUCCUCAGAUAGCAGCAACUCUGAAUUAGAAACAUGCUCAAAACAGAUUGAAACCAGGCAGAACUGUCCAAUUUCUAUGGAGCAACCUCAGAAAAUACCACUGGGCUUACAGAAGAUGCCCUGUGAUGCUGUUCUGCAAGUACAGCCCUCAUCUUCUACCAGUAGCUUGCAAACUUCUGGAUCAUCUGAAUUGCACCAGCCAUCUCCAAAUGUGCUACAGAGGCUUCAGACUUUACAGACUAGAUCUCUUAAGCCACCAGAACAAAAUGCCCAGUCUCCCUCAGGUUAUUGUAACACACAUAAUGGUCAAAAUGUUCUAGAGACAAAAUUCCAAUUUUCUCCAGGAAAGGAUACAGGAAUUAAGAAUAUAGAUUCCUGGAUAAGCUUAUGUAAAACGAUGAUGCUUCCAGCUCCAAUAAAAACAUCUGCUGAGAGUUUCAAACAAUUCAGGAAAGUGGCAUUAGAGAAAAAGGAUGGGCAAGACCAGGAAUUAAAAAGGCCUUUGGUGCAAGCUGAGAGGGAACUGCAAAACCUUCCUCAAGAAAAAGAGAGGAGCCAUGAAGGCACAGGAUUGGAUGUCAUAGCAAUAAAAGACUGCGAGUCCCCAAAAGAAGAGGAUAAGACCAAACAGCUGCCAGAAGCUCAACAACACACUCUCAGUCAAGACCGUAACUUGGCUAGAAAAAUGGAACAAGAACGCAGAAGGAGAGAAGCAAUGGCUUGCACAAUUGAUAUGAAUUUGCAGAGUGACGUUAUGGCAAGUUUUGAAGAAAGUCUUGAAUGAAAGCUGUAGUUAAUGUAGAACUUAACUUUGACACUACUACCAACAACACAGCUUUGAAAAUGUACUAGUUAUGAGUUUAAACAUUGUCUACUUUAAAGCACUUUUAAGCUCCCGUAAAAUGCUUAAUUUUUAUUAAUAUUAAUUAAUUUAUUAAUAUUAAAUAAGCAAAAAAAUGCUUAAUUGAACAAGCUGAAAAGCUUGUUCAUCGGCACAAGCAUCAUAAGACUUUUUUUUCUUGUUUACAAUGUAUAGACAAUGUAUAGCAAUCUAGCCCACUGUGUAAUGGAAUGUACAUGAGAAAGUAUCAGCUUCUUGAUAUUUUUCUCUUUUGCUUGAAUCCAUUUUUCAGAAACAAUUGAGAAUGUUACACUAUGCAUGGCCAACUUCUCGUGUUUGUAUUAAGUCAGUGUACUCAAUAUGCACCUACAGAAACUACUUUAAAUCAGUCUUGUCAAUUAUGUGAUUUCCAUUAGAAGAAUCACUUACUAUGAUGUAUUUGCACAGAACCUGGGCUGUGACAAAAGACAUAAUGAAAAUUUCUGCAGGGUGUGUAAUGCUACUCAUAAUCAUAAAACAAUAUUUCCUGGAAAUCUGUAAUUUCAGCAGCGAAUCUAACUCACAAAUCCUGUAUAUUUGCAUGUAUUGAGGCACAGACAUGCUGAUCUUUUGUUGAAUGUAUUUUAUGCUAACAUAACGUUUGGAUAAGUGUGCAAGCAUGUUUGCCAGGUGGUUCUGAUUCUUCAUGGGAAGAAAUUAAAAUACUCUACUUCUCUCUCCAGUUUGAAAGGCUUUCUGAUUAAUGCAAGAUUCUAAUAAUGUUGGGAUACUUAUCUGAAGUGGGAACUAGUCUAAAAUAUCUAUUUUCUUCUUGGUUACAUAUAGCUUUCUCAGUAAACCAAAUAUAGGGCUGACUUGAAGAAUUAAUACCAAAAUAUAAUGUGUACUGUAGAAAAGCUGGGGAAGAAGAGCCCCCAUCAAGAUACUCUAGUUCAACAGUUUGCAAACUUUUUUGUUCAUCAAUAAAAUAAAUGAAAAAAUAAAGCAUGCAUCAACCAGUGUAUGUAUACUUUAU